AUGCGCUACUAUUCUAUCACGCAGAGUGUUCUAGUACUCGGUGCUUUAACAGUUCAAGCAAUGGGUGCAUUCCACUUGCACCCGAACCGUGUGUCAUGCCAAGUCGGCAAGACCUGCCCACAAAAAGCGAACGACCAUUACGAUGCAUGCAAAGAUGGGGGUAACGAACGUGGCGGCUACACUGGACCCAACACAUCUGGGUGCCAGAUAAUUCCUGUUGGACUGCAAAACUACCAGCACAUCAGCAUCAACGGAUUUACACUGGCUCGGGGUGACGACUCGUACGAGGCCCUCUACUGGAUUGCCAAUACCGAGCGGCCAGGUCUAGGCGCUACCAAUAUCAAUGUGGCGCUUGGAUACAGACCAGCCUCGGGGGUUGAGAAUUGGAAUUUAUUUUCUUUGCCGCCUGGUGUUAUAUGUAAUCCUCCUCCAAGUCAAGGUAAUGAAAUUUUCGCGAUUCAGUUCACUUGUGCAGGAAAGCCUAAAGGACAGUAG